UGCACUGAAUGUGGGAAGGGAUUCAGUAGUUCAUACAACCUGCUGAUACACCAGCGUGUUCACACAGGGGAGAGGCCCUUCACCUGCGCAGAGUGUGGGAAGGGAUUCAUUGAUUCAUCCACCCUGCAGAGACACCAGCGAGUUCAUACCGGGGAGAGACCAUUCACCUGCACUGAAUGUGGGAAGGGAUUCAGUAGUUCAUACAACCUGCUGAUACACCAGCGAGUUCACACCGGGGAGAGGCCAUUCACCUGCUCCGAGUGUGGGAAGGGAUUCACUCAGUUAUCCAGCCUGCGGAGACACCAAUGUACUCAUACCUGGGAGAGGUUGUUCACUUGCUGUGUUUGUGGUAAGGGAUUCAGCCAGUCAUCCAGUCUACUGGGACACCACUGCACUCACACCAAUGAGAAACCUGUUCAAUGCUCUGACUGUGGGAGUUGCUUUAGAAACUCUGCCUACCUGAUGAUCCACCAGCGCAUUCACACUGAGGAGAGACCGUUCAGCUGCUCUCACUGCGCAAAGAGCUUUGGGACGUCAUACGACCUCCUGAGGCAUCAGCGGGUACACACCGGGGAGAGGCCGUUCACCUGCUCCCUGUGUGGGAAGGGAUUCAGUGAUUCAUCCAACCUGCAGAGGCACCAGCGGGUUCACAGCGGGGAGAGGCCGUUCAUUGAUGAGAUUUACAAGAAAGAUGAUCUAUUGGAUGCCUAUGAAGCAUAG